CAUAUAACUACAAAACUGACUGGUUUAAAAUGUCACUUGGCCUUAUUUAUAAAACAUAUAGAUCAUCUAAAUUCCAGAACUUCCUUAUUCAACUAGGCAGUCAUAUUAAUAAUUGUUAUUAAGAAAGAGCUAUUACCUGAUUCGGAGUGGCAGCAGCAGGUUGAUUAUCUUUUUCAUCUUCAGUUCCAAACCAUAUUCUUUCACCAGGAGCUGCUUCCUCAGGAGGGAACAGAAGUUCAACAUUCUCAUGCUUUGCAUCAGAAGCCGCCAUCAGCAUUCCGCAGGACUUGACACCACGCAUAUUUCUUGGCUUCAGGUUGGAAAGGACAAUAACCUUUUUGCCCUGCAUGUGUUCAAUAGGGAUGUACUUGACAAGGCCACUGCAUAUGAUUCUGGGUUCAGGCUCACCGAUAUCAACCUCUUCAACAUACAGGGAAUCAGCUUCAUCGUGUUUCCAUGCCCUCAGAAUGCGUCCAACCCUUAUGUCAAGCAGCCCCGCGGAGUCCCUAAUACUGCUCUCAGCUUCACCACUUGCAUUCCCCGUGAUGGCUUCGGUGGAGACCCAAAUGAGUUUUGCGACGAUGAGAGGGUGAAAAACGGGAACUUGGAACGGAAGCGCGUGGCGUUGGAGAGAAGGGGAAGAUGGGGUGUGGUAUUCCGCNAUGGUGCAUACCUCGCAGGUAUUGAUUCUAGCAAAGAGCUACUGGAAGAAAUGAGAAAGAGACAAACUCCAUUAUUUUAA